AGCAUUCAAGCAAACCUUCUAGGUCACAAAAUCAAAAUCUCUCACUCCUCACAUCCAAAUCUCACUCACACUGCGAUCUAAUCACUUAUUCCUUCGCGCAUUUGCUUCGAUCUCGUUGGAUUUCACUCCCAGUCUCGCUCUUGCUCGAUCUCGAUCUCGAUCUCGCUCGAUCUCGAUUCUCGAUGGAGCCAACAAGUUCAACUUCACCGUGCAGAAUGACGGUGAUCAAGUCACGCUCAAGACCAAGAUUGUUACUGCCAAGAUCACUGGCACGCUCAUUGACGAAGACCCGCUCGCGAUCUACACCAUUGAUAAGGUUCUACUUCCCAGGGAGCUUUUCAAGGCCCUGGCUCCGUCUCCUUCGCCCGCGCCUGCACCGAAGCCAGCCGCCGCGGACGCUCCUGCAUCCCCGAAGAAAGAGGGAAAGAAGUAGAAGCAGAAGGCAGCCGACGCACCGGCAGAUGAGGAAUCAGCGCCUGCGGAUUCGCCCAGUGAUGCCGCCGAUGACAGCGCUGACGACGGUAACGGCGCUGUUAGGUUUGACGGCGUCAGGCUAAAAAGCUUGAUGCAGCCUUGGAGGAGUAUAGAAGUAAAGGAGGAAUCGGAUUCUAUCACUCAUCACUUAUUUCCCACAACUGUAGUUGAUUUUCAGGAAAUUAAAUUCCCUAUGUUUAGCACUAUGGAAUUCAGACAAAUUUUAGUUAUCGACUACAUCAUUUCACUUCGAAACCAGAAUAGUGCAUUAGCAGUUAAUGGACAUUAAAACCAAUUGAUUAAUGUAUGUAUGUUUAAUUGAA